CACAUCUGUCCUCUACUUGCCAUUCAUGGCUCACUUCAAGUCCAAGUAUUUGAUGUCUUAUCUGAUCGGUCAGGGCUUGAGUGGACUCAUCCCCAGUAUUGUGGCCAUCAUUCAGGGAAUUGGAGGCAAUCCUGAAUGUGUUGCGCCGACAGCCGGGGCUAAUACAACGAUCGCGCACUACCCGGAGCCGAGAUUCUCUGUCAGCGUAUUCUUUAUAUUCUUAUUGGUUAUGGUUUUGUUGAGUUGGUUUGCAUUUGUAUUACUCAAUCACCUGAAGGCCUGUCAAUCAGAACGGGUCACACAUAAGGACGACUCGGAAGUGGAGAAUCAGUUGAAAGCAGUGACCGAAACCGUCAGAUCGGACUCGCGUUCAGAUAAGAGUUCCGAUGAAUUGCAACUCAAUUCCGAGUCUUAUCUGAACCGAAGUAAUGAUCGAAACAUAAGCCGAAAUGCAUUCGCCGGUCUUCUCUUAACUCAGGCCUACAUCUGUGCCCUCACUAAUGGAGUCCUUCCCAGUAUUCAAAGCUAUAGUUGUCUGCCUUAUGGAAACACUGCCUAUCAUUUGACAGUCACUCUGUCUUCUAUGGCGAACCCAAUCGCCUGUUUUAUUGCCUUUUAUAUGAGCGCUUCAGUCAUCAAGAAGACACUUCCGGCUGUCGUCGGUGUGGGAACUCUUUGCGCCGUUUAUAUCAUAGUGACGGCAGUCAUGAGCCCAACCCCUCCUUUACAAGACUCGACGUCCGGCAAAUCGGACGCGGGUCUGGACUCCGAUAAGCCCUCGAAAGUCGAGUACGAAAUCGCAAAAUAUUUGAGAUCUAAAUUACCGCCGAAGAAGACAACACUUCUUUCCCAUAGAGUCGACUAUUUUAUUGCCUCGAAAUCGAUUGAUCUGUUGAUGGACUCCAAGUGGUCUAAAGACGACAAACGACAGAAGGAAGCGCUGUUCACGAGUCGCGAAUCGGUGAUGACAUUCAUGGAUCAGAUGCUGAGACAUAAGUUCUUUCACAGAGCGAAGACUGUUGUCGUGAAGAAAGACAAGAAGAAGAAGGCGGACAACGAAGAGAGCAGUUGUAAUGAAGAGCAGAUGAAAGAGAAAAAGAAGUCGAAGAAAGAGUCGAAGGAAUCCAAGGACUCGAAAGAAGUGAAAGAAACGAAAGACGAGAGCAAAGAGAAGGACGAGAAAGAAGUGGAGACCAAAAAGAAGGAGAAGAAGAAGAUUAAACUGGAUAUGCAUUUGGAACAGAUCUUUGUCGAUGAAAAUGAGCCAUAUGUCUGGAUCUAUGACCCGAUUCCUCUGCGCACGUGGUUUAUCGGUGCGGGCCUUGUCUUAGCGGCGAUCGCUAUCUGUCUGUUCCCUUUGUGGCCGCGAACUGUCCGUAAUUAUGUCUAUUACCUGAGUAUAGCGGCCGCCGGUUUGCUCUUCUUUAUCAUCGGUUUAGCCGUUCUUCGUCUAAUAAUGUUCACAAUUGUAUGGGUCGUGACGUUUGGUAAACACCACUUCUGGAUGUUACCCAACCUCACAGAAGACGUAGGCUUUAUGGAGUCCUUUUGGCCGCUCUAUAAACACGACGUCAAAGACAACAACAAAAAGGACACUAAAGAGAAGGACACGAAGAAGAAGAAGAAAGAGGAGACGGCGGCCGACGCGACCCCUCUGUUGGUCGCCGACGACGACAAAGGCAUCGAUAAUAAAGAGUCGGGUUCUGAGAGCGCUUCCACUGUCGAUAGUAUAGCGAAAAGCAAUUCUUCCAAUGAGUUGAACGCCACGAAUGGUGUCAAUGGCUUUGAGAUUCUCGACUCCAAAGAGUUAGAGGACGACGAAGAAGAAGAAGCAGAUGAAUGAAUGGCUCGACUCGAUUGGCAUCCAUUUAAUGACAUAAAUUAUAUAUAUAUUUAUUGGAAUUUAAAUUUAUUGCUUGUUUUUUUGGGAAUCAAAAUAUUAUAAUUAUUAACCUUUUUUAUGAUUAUUUAUUGUAAGUUUAUAUAUAUUUUUCGUAUUUUAAUUUUCUUAUCCAAUAUUUUGCUAUUUAUUUAAAGUCUAUAUUUCUGUCUAAAAAACAAAUUAGUCUUUAAAAGAAUUUUAUACCAAAUUUUUGUGUUUUAACCAAAUGUUAACCAAUUUUUAAUUAUAGUCUAAAAUCUGAUAAUUA